AUGCCACUCUAUGCCAAGUUCUUGAAGGAGUUGAUGACCAAAAAGAGAAGUUGGAAGAACAAUGAGACUGUAGUACUCACAGAGGAAUGCAGUGUCAUCAUCCAACACAAAUUGCCCCAGAAAUUGAAGGACCCUGGAAGCUUUCAAAUCCCUUGUAUCAUUGGGAAAACCAUUGUAGAAAAGGCUUUAUGUGAUCUAGGAGCCAGCAUAAAUCUAAUGUCUCUAGCAAUGAUGAAAGAAAUGAAGAUUGAGGAAGCUAAACCAACAAGAAUGGCGUUGCAACUGGCAGACAGAUCAUUCAAGUUUCCCAAUGGGAUAGUAGAAGAUUUGUUAGUGAAAGUGGGGGAUUUCAUCUUUCCAGUAGAUUUUGUGGUAUUAGACAUGGAGGAAGCAACUAAUACUUCCAUCAUUAUGGGAAGGCCAUUCUUGGCCACUGCCGGAGCCCUUAUUGAUGUUCAAAAGGGUGAACUUGUCCUUAGACUACACGAUGAGAAAUUGACAUUCAACGUGUUUAAGGCCAUGAGCUACCCACACAACUCAUUGGGAGAAUGUAUGAGGUUGGACUCCGUAGAAGCUUUGGUACAAAAAACUCUUGAAGAAGAACUUGAAGCAUCAACAGAAGGGGAGUUAGCAACAAGUGAAGAAGCUGCAGCCGCUGAAAUACAUGUUCAAGACAAAAAGGGUGUGGAGAACAAAGUGGCAGACCAUUUAUCCAGAAUCCCUUGUGAGAAGGGUGAUGCCCAUGAUACAAGUGUAAAUGAAUUUUUUCCAGAUGAGCAGCUAAUGAUGAUUCAUAAAGCACCUUGGUUUGCGGAUAUUGCCAAUUUUAAAGCAGCCGGUGACUUACCUCCUGGAAUCAAUAAAUAUCAAAGGAGGAAACUCAUCAAUGAUGCCAAGUAUUUCAUAUGGGAUGAACCCUAUCUCUUUAAGAAAUGCUCAGAUGGAAUCUUUAGGAGGUGCAUCUCAGAAGAAGAGGGACGAAAGGUCCUGUGGGGUUGCCAUAGUGCUAGUUAUGGAGGUCACUUUGGAGGAGAAAGAACUGCAGCAAAGGUGCUGCAAUGUGGGUUCUUUUGGCCCACUAUUUUUAAGGAUGCCAAGGAAUUGGUGAAAAGCUGCAACGAAUGCCAAAGGGCUGGGAACCUGCCCAAAAGAAAUGAAAUGCCACAGCAAUAUAUUCUAGAACUUGAACUGUUUGAUGUGUGGGGAAUCGAUUUCAUGGGACCAUUCCCACCUUCAUAUUCAAACAGGUUUAUCUUAGUGGCAGUGGACUAUGUAUCUAAGUGGGUGGAAGCAGUGGCAACCCCAGCUAAUGACAACAAGGUAGUUAUAAACUUCCUUUGA